UAUGGAGCGUGAUAGAAACAUUUCUCCUCCAGAGGGGAGAGUAGAGUCAGGGAAGACCACGUUCCGUAGCAGAGCUUGAAAAGGGAGCGCACCGUUGGGAUGGAGAUGUUGAGCUUCCAUGCUUCCCUGAGGAAAGGAAGCCAGGGUGAGGGAUGAGAAGAAGAUGCCAGGCAGGCGGUCCUGAUUGUGCCGAGCCAAACUGGCAGGUAUUCUCCGUCCGUCGAAUCAUCUCCCGUGACUUCUUAGACGCCGGCUUUGUGUCAACCAAUUUGUGGCUGGAAUGACGCGGACGUGCCUUCCACCGUGCUCUCGCUCGGAAGCAACAGUUGGACGGGAAGCUCGUUCUCCAAGUGACAUGUGAUCACACUUAAAGACAUUUGCUUCCGAAAGCGAGCAGUUCCUGACCCUUCCUGAUUAGAGCCCAGGGUUUCACCCGCCUGGAUGAAACAGGGUAGCACCUGAGGGGGCGGGGCUGUCAAGGUGAGGCAGACAAACUAAAAGAAGAAGAGCGACGGGGGAAGGGGACUUCCCUUUCUCUCGCCCUACCCGUCUCGUCGCCAGGCUGGCGGGCACGGCCAUGGCGUUCACCUUUGCGGCCUUCUGCUACAUGCUCACCUUGGUGCUGUGCGCCGCCCUCAUCUUCUUCGUCAUCUGGCAGAUUAUUGCCUUCGAUGAGCUGCGCACGGACUUCAAAAACCCCAUCGAUCAGAGCAAUCCCACCAGAGCGAGGGAAAGGAUUCUCAAUAUCGAGCGAAUCUGCAACCUUCUUCGCAGACUGGUGGUCCCGGAGUAUUCCAUCCACGGGCUCUUUUGCCUCAUGUUCAUGUGUGCCGGAGAGUGGGUCACACUUGGCCUAAAUAUCCCGCUUCUCUUCUACCAUCUGUGGAGGUUUUUCCAUCGACCGGCUGACGGGUCAGAGGUUAUGUACGAUCCUGUGAGUGUGAUGAACGCCGACAUCCUCAACUACUGUCAGAAGGAGUCCUGGUGCAAGCUGGGUUUUUAUCUGCUCUCUUUCUUCUAUUAUCUCUACAGCAUGGUCUACGCCCUGGUGAGCUUCUAACGAGCUCACGCCGAGACCGAGGUCCAACGAGCCUUCCCAUCAGUGGCUUGGGUCUUCCACGGUCUCACCUUGGAAUACGACACAAACAACACCCGAUAUGAGCGCCAUUGUGAAUGUAAAAGGUGUUGCCUCCGCUCGAUUUGUAUCGCUUUAUGUCAAACAGCGCAGCGAGACCGAUGGACAAAGGUACGAAUGAGGGAUGGAAGUGAUGCUGAUGAUGGAAAAGUUGUUUGUGCUGCCUUUUACGCCUCAUUGCAAAACUUAACGACGACUCUGAAGGGCUGGAGUAAUCCCGUGCUGCUCUUACUGAUCCAGUCUCUCAACUCACUGUGACUCUCCAAACACUUAACACGGGCUGGAACACGAAACAAUAUGUCUGUAAUCUCUCAAGGCGGGCACACGGCCAGCUGUUUGCUAUUAUUGUGUAUAUUUCAAGUAAUAGACACCUCUAAUAUCCAACCACUGUUGAGUUUCAGGUGCAUUUAGUGUACCAAGUAUGGGAUGUUUAAAAAAAAAAAAAAAAGGAAUAUAAGAGAUUGGUGCGUGCACAGACACUUUCAACCAGGAUGGGGAUAAAGCUUUGACCAUCAGGUUCAUCAAGGACAUUUUCACAUUGUAAUAAAUUAAUAAUAAUAAUAAUAACAAGGUUGAAGUCUCCAUGCUGGCAAUUCAUUCACUUUAAGUGUGUUCUUAGCUGUAAGGACGUAUUUUGUGCUAAAUAUAGCUAGAGGAGGGCUUUUUGCUCAUAGAGUCAAUGCCAAAUGUUCGUAUCUGAAAAACAUUGUGCCAAAGAACAUGAAGCAAGUGAAAACAACAACGGCGAGCUACGAAAAAAAACGUCCUCGAUAUAUCAGACUGUGUCUCGGUUUUCACUUUCUUCAAGACUUAUUUAACCUUGGCGCAAUGGUGUGCUUACAAGAAAACAAAAAAAGGAAAAAAAAAAAAAGAAACUAACUAUGGUCUGUAUUUUUGUGUGUGCAGGAAAAGCCUUACUUCCAGUGAUGUUUACUCAUUAGCAUCUAUGCUAGCCAUUUUAGCGCAGCGACAUUUCUCAGACCUGUUGUAAAGCGUACAGCUCUUAUGUAUGAAAAGCAAUGAAAAACUCCAAACUGGCAACGUCUUAGGUUACAGUAGAUGAGGUGUCUACAUAUGUACGCUUGGUCCCGUUCAUGUCGACAACGUGUCUAUGGCUACCCAUCAUACCGAUUAUACGUGACCUCUGUCGGAUUUUUCCAUGUCAGUGUGAACUGUAAUUUUCAUUUUUUUUCAAAUGCACCCAGGCCGCUUUCAUUUGUAGACAUACAUCCGAUAUUAAUGUUCGGGUUGCCAGUGGCAUCAUUAGGCCUAUUUUAGGGGGGAUUCAGUCCCCCUAAAAUGUUCUUUAGCCCCCCUAAAUAAUUUGAUAUUAUUUAUAGAUUUGUUGUUUUUUUUUUUACAAAAAAAUUAUCUGACAGAUUUCAUAUAAUUGAGCAAAAGCAGGCCAAUAAGCAGGCUAAUACUAGUAAUAAUCAGAAGAAGAAGAAUUAUGAUAGUAAUAAUAAUAGGCUAAUUAAUAAUAUUCAUUCAUUCAUUUUCUACCGCUUAUAAUCAUGAGAGCUGUCUUCGGGCAAGAGGCAGGGUACACCCUGGAAUGGUGGCCAGCCAAUCCCAGGGCACAUAUAGACAAACAACCAUUCACACUCACAUACAUACUUAUGGACAAUUUGGAGUGGCCAAUUAACCUAGCAUGUUUUUGGAAUGUGGGAGGAAACCCACGCAUGCACGAGGGAGAACAUGCAAACUCCACACAGAGAUGGCCGAGGGUGGGAUUGAACUCGGAUCUCCUAGCUGUGAGGUCUACGCACUAACCACUCGACCGCCGUACAGCCCUAAUUAAUAAUAUAAUAAUGAUUCUUAUAUAAUUGAUCACUGUCCACUGGACAGAAUGGUUGCAGAGUUUGAGCAGCGGUUUUGCAGUGUAGAUUGUGUGUACUUGUGUAAAUGUAAUGGUGGCCUAAAACAAUUGAGUAUCUCUACUAAAUCUGUCCAAAGUGGGAAAGUUAUAUCCCGGUUCUUGUUCCUUAUUUGUUUGUUUUUUUUAUAUUUUGAUUUUUUUGAAUGUCUACUACAUUCAUUCAUAUCCUGUGCAUCUCCAGGGGGCUAAGCCCCCCCUGUCUUCAGAACCUAGUGAUGACCCCUUCGGGUCAAGUUUAUCAGGCCAAAACGUCUUUGGCUAUGUUCACACUGCAGAGAAAAUUCUUUCUUUUUUUUUUUG